AUGCUGUUCAGCCAUUUGAUCAACUCUGCCUCCCUCCUUGCCUUGACUCUUUUCUCUCUGUCGGACCCUCUACCCGCACGCGCUCUACCUGCCGCCGACUCUCCCUUCCUCGCACCCGUCGACGAUCUUCGACACCGCUCGCUCCGUGCCACCCUCGAACGCCGUAGCCCAGUCUCGCCCUCCGACAUCGUCAAAAACAUCAAGAAUGCCAUCCACCCUCCUGCCAACGUCCUCAAGCUUGAGCUCUUCGAUCAGACGUUCCACGUCCCUCUCCACAUCGACGACCCGGCGGAGCGAGAUGCGCUCGAGCAGUUCGUCUCGGGAAAGAAGGCAAUCGGCGGUGAGGACUUGCUCAAGCUCGAUGGGCUGAAACGGCUCGACGCAUCGAGCUCGAGCAAUGCAGGCAACGUGGUCAAAGCGAACACGAUCAAAGCUGAAGACGAGCCGCAGAGGAGCACACUGGCCGGCCAGUUUGGCUUCGUCGAGCGUUCGCGGAACAGGCACCAGGAGAAGGUCAAAAACGUCGAGGCGCAGCUUGCCGAGUCCACGGGCGAUCCCAAGUCCAAGAUCCUGGCACCGCUACGCCAACAGCUCCUCCAAGGACUGCGGGAGAACCAGGAAGUGACCGAGGCCCUGGCCCGCGAGACCGAGAGACUUUCGCGCAACCUGGCCAAGAAGCAGGCAAAAGCCGACAGGAUCACCAAGACUCAGGAAGCCAUGGCGAGAGAGCUGGCGCGUAUGGUCGGUCGCAACGGCGUCGCGCCUCCCAAGCGCACCUCGCUGGCAUCGCAGACGCUCGGAAAGCUCAAGGCCCUUGGCAAGGGUCAGCUCGCCGAUUCCAAGCAUGGCUUGCCCGCUCAGGGCGGCUCAGUCAAUCUGCCUCGCCGAACCCGCUUCGAGGACGAACGCUCGGCCGCCAGACUACGGUCCUAG